UCAUAAUGUCAUUUCGCUUCGCGGGAUGCGGGAGUUACGCGAGUCUGAAUACUGAAAAUUUUUCAAUUUAUAAUUAAAAUACGUUUCUUGUAUGUUAAUUUGUAAAGCAACAAUUUAUUAUUACUCUCCUUUCAAACGCUCAUAUAUAAAAAAAUUAGAAUGAUCAAUAAAAAAGCUAUUGAGGCAAUUCUAUAGAUUUUAUUAAAGAACACGAAUAUAUUUUAUUUUUGUGAUUAAUCUAAGAAAUUCGCAACAAUGAGCGGAUUCGUUAACUUCACUGAUAUAUUGAAACCUAGGAAUACAAAAUUCGGAAUAGUGAAAUUUAUGACGAAAAAAUGGGAUCCAAUGAAAACAUUAACCCUCGAUAAGUAUUACGGUCCUCAAGAUUUAAAAAAGGUGGUUGCAGAUUCAGUUUACAUAGAUUCUUUUUUGGAGGCGGAAAGCUUACGAACUGGUGUUAGUAAAGAACAAUUAAAAAAGAAGGUGUUGGAAUAUCUAGAUGAGAUUGCAUUGGAUGAGCAAACCCAUGUCAUGAGGUGGAUGGGCAUUGUGUUCCUCAAGAUAUGCUUCAUGAUGAAGAUAGGUGUGUUUGUAAAUGAAGCUGCAGUUUUGAAGUUAAAAUCGACACUGGGAAAGAAUCCAGUGCUAUUUCUACCGACACAUAGAAGCUACGCUGAUUUCUGCCUCACAACAUAUCUCUGCUACCACUAUGAUAUAACACUACCAGCUGUUGCCGCAGGAAUGGAUUUCUAUUCUAUGGCUGUGGUCGGUCAAAGUAUGAGAGAGACUGGAGCUUUUUACAUUCGUCGCACUUUGGUCGGGUCACCUCUGUACGCGGCGACGCUGCGGCAUUACGUGCGAACUGUGGUCGCCAAGUAUGGCGCGCCCGUCGAGUUCUUUCUAGAAGGCACUAGAAGUAGGAGCAAUAAGAGUCUACCUCCGAAGUAUGGCAUGCUGUCAAUGACUCUGGUGCCGUACUUCGCGCGCGAAGUGAGUGACGUCACAGUGGUGCCUGUAAACAUUAGCUAUGACCGUGUGAUGGAACAGACUCUAUUCGCGUACGAACACUUGGGGGUGCCCAAACCUAAAGAGACAACUGGGGGCCUCCUGAAAUCUCUCCACAGGCUAAACGACCAUUUUGGGAACAUAUACAUCAACUUGGGCGAUCCGAUAUCCAUCAAGGAGUACCUCGACCGGUCGGCUGAUCAGUUGGUUGACAAGUCGAUACACUCCGCUGAGAGUCUGAAGCCUUUGGACUUGCAACAGUUGACUGUGGAUCAGAUGGACAAAGUUCAAGAUAUAGCCGAUUAUGUGGUGACUUUGCAACAGGAGAGCACUGUUGUCACUAUUACCAAUCUCUUGGCAAUAGUUCUUAUGCAGAGCCUGAUUGUGGAUGAGGCUUUGUCGCUCGAACAGGUCGUGGAUAAAAUAGAUUGGUUGAUAGAUGUAUUACGAAAGCUCGGCGCCUCGGUAUUUGAAAACGAUUUGAAGGCGAGCGUGGAGAGAAUACUCGUGGUGCACAAGCAAAUGGUAACUUUAGACGGAGACAAGUUAAUGCUGGUACCCGCCCUACCGAUGGUCGUCAGUCCCGAUGUGCAGAAGAAAAUGAAAGGUCACAUCUUGAAAGCCGAGACGAUGGUGAACGCAAUCCCCAUCAUACAACUGCAGCUGUAUGUCAACCCGGUGCUGCAUUACCUGAUCCCGCCCGCUCUCAUAUAUGCUGUUGUGUGUAGCGGAGACACUACCAGAGAACAACUGUUCGCGAGCUACUGUAAACUGAGGAAAAUGUUGAGACACGAGUUCUUCCAUUUAGAAAAGACUGAGGAAAUGAAAUUCACCCAAGCGCUACAAUAUUGUAUGGACAACAAUGUGAUAAGAGACUCGAUACAAAACCCGGGAACGCUGACAUCAGGACCAGAUCGCGAGCUGCAGUUGUUGCUGCGAUGGAGUGUCUUACCCGCUCUCACUACGCUCGCCACAUGUGUCGAUGUCAUGAUGCAGUGUAGAAUAAGUGACCACGCGCAGUUACUGAAGUUGGUUCAGGAGAGAGCGGAGAGUGGGCGCUGCCAUCCCUACUGCCUCAGCCUCGAGGCCGCGGCCAACUGUGUGCAAGGCCUAACCCUGUACGGGGCACUACUGAGACAUAAAGAGAACGAAAUCUCUUACGAAGUCGUGCCGGACAAAAUCCAAGAGUGUCACAGCUUAAUAACAUCAGUAUUACCAAAAAUAAAUGUCGACUUCAGUAGUUCUAACACUGUUAUUAGUACCAAUUCUAUAAAAUCGAAAUUGUAAACUUCAAAAUAAACUCCAAUUUACAUUAGCAUUUAUUUAUAUGAAGACAGUUUUGUUUAGUGAUGUUCUAAUUAGUUUCCGAUUCAAUUUGAUAGAUUACGAAACAGUUCUCAUCUGCUUUUUGCAUCAAUUACAUAGUAGAAAAUAAAUAAAACGAAAAAAAAACUUGAAAAUGUAAUUGCUAUACUAUCUUGAAGACACAGUCAUAGCCCUGUUUUUUAAAUAUUUUUUUUUACUUAAUUUUUAAAUAAUUGUGUCUUGCAAUAUCUUUGCUAUAAACCAUUUUAUUUAAUAAUCGUAUUUUGUUUUAUUAAUGCCAUAACGACACCAAAUGAAACAAUAUAGUAAAAAAUAAAGAAUAUAGUAUGUUUUUUUGCAAAUAACACAUAAUGUUGACGCACGUGUUCAGUACAGUUUCUAUGUGUUCUAGGUAACAGUUUUAUGUAUUUUUCAUGUGUUACGAUGUAAGUAGUUUUUAUAUAGAUCAUAAUGUUUUGUUGAUUUUGACUUGUUGAUUUUGCACUGUUGUUUUGUUUAUUAUUUUAUUAAUCAGUAUGAGCUAGUUAUGUUAUUAAUAAUUAUAAUUAACAGUUGGUGAAUUUUUCAAUUAAGCUAAUUUAUUAUAUAUCCUUGUAUAUUUUUUUGGCACCCUGACAAGUUCAGCCUUUGGAGAAAUUGUCAGGUAAAAUGAGUUACCAAUUUAUGCAUAUUUAAUUUUUUUUAUUAUCGUAAUUUUCAUAAAACUAGAAGUGAAUUUAUAAUAAUUUAGGUAAUAUUGUAACUAAACAUACAAACAUUAAAGAUAAGUUUUUAUAAAAAUAAAUGUAUUGUGUUGAACUUGUCCGCCAGCAUUAUAAAAGCUUAUCUUUAGUAGAAUUCAUUGAGAUUUAGUCGAAUUAAUGAGGUGUUCGUAUUUUGUUAAUAUACUAAGUAUUAUUUACUCGUGACUUAGUUACCUCCAGCAUUCCUUUCAGUAGGAAAGUUUUAGAAAUUGGUGUCGGCCUUAAAUCUAAAAUUAAUUGUUAGCUUGUUCAUAGCUGCAUCUAAAUAAUGGUCGAUUGUAUGAACCCGUUACCUAUUAGUAUACUCUGGGAUUUAGUCGACCACCAUAUAAUUGUCUCCAUAAAGGUAAGGUAAUUGUCUUCAUAAUCUUAUGAAGAGAAACAUACAAGUUUCCAAAUUCCAAUUCAUUGAGUUGGGACGAAAGAGAUGAGACUGGGACAACUCCGCCGCCUAUGGACGAUAUUUUGACUGUUUCUCUUUACUUGAUCGCAUGUUAGCACUACAGCUCGCGACCGCGGUGGCCAACAGCCUAGUGUGUGCAGUUUGAUACUGUGACGAUCGCGUUAACGUAAACGCGAAUUUCUAAGGAAUUGAACCAGCCCUAUCUAGUGGCACUACUGCACAACUGUUUCAAUUCCAUAUAAAUUCGCGUUUACGUUAACGCGAUAGUAUAACAGUAUGAAAAUAUUAAAAACUCCCACUAGGCACACUGGUAUACUUGUAGCAACGUGCCCAUGCCGACGCAUUCACGGAUCUAGUACAUUACACAUCUGGUCAUCUGAUUACAAUAUCUGGAGAUCGAUUCUUGUUCUUUAUACUCGUCGAUGUAAUAUUGGCCUUUAACAAGUUAUAAUACAAUUUGAACUUUACUUUUAUGGGAUGCCAAAAGUAAAAUGUCAAUAACAACGACGUUGCCAUGGAAACGAGCGGUGGCCCAUCGCUGUAACUAUACAGAAUGCAGAGGCUGAUCGCUACCGCGGACGCGACUGGACGCCGCGGUGUUUGGCUGCAGUCUAAAGUUACAUACAUGGUUCAAUUUCGGUUCAAUAUUGCUUUCAAAUGCCAUUGCUUCAAAGGAGAUCAUUCAUUUUGGGCCCUUUUUGAAAGUGCCGGCCAACGAAAAAAAAUGGCACGAAUCAUUAGAACUAAUCAUUUUAAUUAAUAGCUAAUAUGGCAUAAAAGUUGUCAGGUGGCUCUGAACCAAAUUAUACAGGUUCGAUGAUUCGUUAUUUCCAUACAUUUUGUCAACUUUUAAAAGUGCCCGCUAAGAAAAAAAAAUAGAAAUACAAUCUUUGUGCCAUACUAACUAUUGCUCCAAAUGUGCAGUUCUAACGAUACGUAUCAGUUUUCUUUUGAAAAUCAACAAAAUGUAUGGAAAUAACGAAUCGUCAAACCUGUAUAACUUGGUUCAGAGCCCUCCUACAACUUUUAUGCCAUAUUAGCUAUUGCUCCAAAUGGCUAAUUCUAACGAGUCGUGCCAUUUUUUUUGUUGGCCGGCACUUUCAAAAAAGAGCCCAGAAAUGUAUGGAGCGUGAAUGAUCUCCUUUGAUUGAACCAUUUGUAAUAUCGCCAUAUUAUGUCGUCGCACCCUACACUCCCAGGGUUCAAUUAUGCUAUUUGCCUAUAGUUUAUUUAUAAUCGCAAACAAUAUAACAUUGUUAGCUGUGAUAAUUAUUGAAAGUCAUUAUUAUAAAAUAGUUUGCCGGAUUCUGUUAGCAAUAGUUUGGUAUUGUAGAGCUAUUUUACUAUGUAAGAUUAAUAAUUUGAUUAAAUGGUAAAUUAUAAUUAA